CAACACUUUGUUUCUUCUCGUUCACCGCCUUUUAUCUACCGACUCCAAAGCAAAUAACUACAGCAAGACAAAGGAAAAUCCCAACCGGACAAAACCCAUUACGCCAAGCAACCUCAUCUAAUCUGCCUUAUAAAAAAAUAUAUAUCUUACGGUACCCGAACUUUCUCUUUCCAUCACUUUAUCUACCUAGAAUCUUUCCGAACAAAGAUUGAAACACCCUUGUGGUCGAGCAUCAUUUGGGUGUAUGUACUCUAGAGAGAGAGUUGAGACAGAGAGACGGAGAGAGAAAGUAGUUGGUUUGACAAAUAAAGCCAAUAUCAUAAAACCGUUUUGUGUGAAUUUAGUUUUGCUAUAGUGAAAAAAACUAUGGUGGGUAUUUUCUCAAGGUUCUCUGUCAGCAGAGCUGCUCAUCGACGUACCCAGAGUGCCAUUGAUGAGAGGGAAGUAUUGCCCCCAAAUUCAGAGGGUACAGGUUCAGCAACUGCCCCCAUCACCGCUUCUCAUGGGAUUGAGGUAGCAGUAGAGUUUAAGCCAGUUGAACAUCCAAUCGAGCCUCUCAACAAUGAUAGACCAAUCCAGUGCCCAUUACCUGAACCUUCAAUUCUUAAUGAUGGGAGACUAUGGAAGGAGCGAGUAUCAGCAACUGUGCCAAGGAGAGGUGACUUGCCAGUGAUGAAGGAAGGGGGAUCUCUUGAUUCUGAAGAUUCUGGGACAAAACCAAGACAAAAACGAACCAAUCGCAUGAUUUUACCCUCUCUUAGUGCCCCUGAACAUAACCUUCUUAAUCUCCUAGAAGAAUGUAAUGCAUCUGGCAUUUAAACUCUGGUAAAUUGUUUCAUAUUUGGACCUUAAUGGUCUUAAAUUUACCAUUUCACUCUCGCUCUCACUGUCACUACCAUCGCUCUCGUGUUGUAUAAUUUUAAUUCUCAAUUUUUAUAGUAUUGCCUGAAUAUAUGUAUUUCUUUAUGUAUCAUGACAAUAAUGUCAGAGUUGCACCUUAAGAAUGAAUGCAAUCUAGCCAUGUUCUUAGAAUUUCA